CUGGAGAGGCUCGCCAUAAGGUGUUGGGGGAGGGGUAGCUCUCCAGUUUUACCACGCCUCUUUAAUGCAUUGCAUUGCAUUGCAUGUGCUUCUUUCUGAACCUAUAUUACUAGCUGCUUGCUUCCUUUGUUGUUUCACACAUUCCAAAGCCUGCUGAUCCCCACCUUAGUCUUUUUCCUUCCUCUCCUUCAACCCAUCAGUGCUACUGCUAGCAGAAGCAAUUGGGGGGUUUCAGUUUCACACAUCAUAAAAAUACCUAGGCACAUACAUUGCCCAUUCCCAGCUUGCUUUAAUUUUUGAUGAGGUGCAUUUUCCCAAUGACGAAGGAGUGGCUCAUUGGCAUUGAGAAGCUGGUAUUCAGGUACAGAGAGGCUGUUUCUUGCUGGGUUUUUGCCCACUCCCGUGGUCUUGCAACUGGCUUCGUCUUGCAUUUUACCAAAAGAGCUUUUCUAGGUGUACUCACCUGUGUUUUUGCAUUAGGGGGUGCCAUUGUGGGAGCAGUCACAGGAGCCAUUAAAGGCCAGACAACAGAAACUGGGUUUUGUCGAGGGGCUGGGAUAGGGGCACUGGCAGGGGCCAUCACCGCCGUUCAGCUGCUGGAAUCCAUGGUCAAUGGCGAGUCACUAUCCAAGGUUGCCCUUUUACUUAGCCUGAUGAAUGGAAGGGCCUUCAUUGAGUGGGUCAUUCCUGCAGUACUAAAAGCUUAUCAGUGGCAAGUUAGCACCACUGAAACAAGUUAUGGAGUAGUAUCCGACAUAUAUGACAUAGCUGGUCUGAAAGGGCUGUCACCAACUUCCAUUAAAAAGCUCUCCCAAUAUAAAUUCCAUUACGGCAAGAUUAUCAAACCUCACGACAAAAUCUCUUGCGCAAUCUGCUUACAGGACUUCAAUAACGGAGACUCUGCAAGGAAGCUUCCCAGUUGCAGCCACUUCUUCCAUUUGGACUGCAUAGAUGCAUGGCUAAUCCGACAUGGCUCUUGCCCUAUGUGUAGGACAGAGGUUUGUAAAGUUACCAAUCAGCCACUAUAGAGCAUAACUUCCAACUCAUCAAUUUGAAAAAAGUGAGCUGUUUGUGACACUGCUUAUAGUUGUUUCAAAUGCUAGUGAGUAGCAUUUUUCCCCACAAAUGCCAAUUUGGUCUUGGCAAAAUCUUGCUUAUGAAUGGUGACUACUGUGCAAAGAUUGAGGGGAGUUGUGC